UUCAGCCAUCGUGACUGCAUCAUGCGAUCUGAUGUCUACCUGGGUGCCUGUAUUGGUCGAAGCCUUAUCCACGGCGUCUGCGUUAUUUCUCUUUUCAUUGCCACGAUGGCCUGGCUGCUUGAUUUGCUUGCUUGUGUCCUUGCCGCUUCUCUCGCUGUAUUCAUACGUUCUCAUUAUCAUCGACGGUCACUACCCCCAGGCCCACCAGGUCAUUGGUUGUUUGGAAAUGAAAUCCCAAAAAAGCGGGAGUUCUUGAAGUACGAUGAAUGGACGAGGACUUACGGGCCUGUUUUCUCUCUGACUCGGUUUGGGAAGGUGUACAUUAUCGUUGGCCGAUACGAUGCGGCUGUAGAAAUAAUGGAGAAGGGUGGUACCCAGACAUCGGACAGACCAAGGGCCAUUGCCGCAUCUGAGACGUUCUCUGGAGGUCUUAGGUCUAUUCUGCUCAAUGAUACACCUAGGUGGAGAACUUUGAAUAGGGCUUUCCAUGCACACUUAAAGACCAAUAAGGCAGCGGCAUAUGAACCCGUACAGCUCCAUCACGCAAAAAAACUGAUUCUUAAUGUCCUUGACGAGCCGAAGAGGUUUACAGAGUACACAAAGAUAUAUGCAGCAUCUGUGAUUCUUACCCUGACCUACGGGAAAAUGACACCUACAACAUUCGAUGAUCCUGAUCUUCAACAAAUGAUUCGAGAGGCAAACCGGCUUCGAAUGACAAAUCGCCCGGGAGCUUACCUUGUGGAUACGUUUCCCGUUCUUCGAUGGGUUCCUGGGUAUCUUUCCGAACUUAAGAGGUGGCAUCAAGAUUCGCUUGCUUUGUGUCGUCGGUGUUUAGGGUAUGUUCAGACAAGGAUGGAUGCUGGGGAGGAAGUACCUGCAUGUUUUGGGAAGGAUCUCUUGGAUAAUAAGAAGAUGUCGUUUGACCAAGCUGCGUAUCUUGCUGGUUCGAUGUUUGCAGCAGGAUCGAAUACAACCGAGUCUGCAAUAAUCUUCGUUAUCAUGGCAGCUACCUGUUUUCCUCAUGCUGCGAAAGUUGUACAGAGAGAAAUCGAUGAGGUGGUUCCUCGCGAUCGAUGUCCGACGUUUGAGGAUAGGGAGCGCCUCCCGCAGGUUAUGGCGUUUAUUUCCGAAUCUGCACGUACAUUAGGAAUUGCACAUGCCGCUUCUCAGGAUUUCAUCUGGCAAGGCUAUGUGAUUCCCAAAGGAGCUACUAUUAUCGCAUCGCCUUGGACCAUAUUCCGUACCCCUGAUGUCUUUCCCAACCCCGAAGUAUUCGAUCCUCAAAGAUGGAUACUUGACGGUAAAUUGAGAGAUGACAUCAGGCAAUUUGUUUAUGGAUUCGGUCGGAGAGUUUGUCCGGGAUCACGCGUUGCGAAUAGGUCGCUGUUCAUUAAUACGGCGCUUCUUUUAUGGGCUUUUGAUAUUGUUGCGACUGAGAGGAUUGACUCGAUGGCAUUUGCUGAUGAGCCAGGGAUGCAUCCUGGAAGUUUUGGGGUACGCUUUGAUCUGCGGUUGGGGAAGGAGAAAGAGGCUUGGGUUAGGUCGUUGAUGGACAACUGA